AUGGCAAAGGGUGGACUUGUAAUUUAUGUCCUGGUUAUCACCCUACUCCUGGACCAGACCACCAGCCACACAUCCAAGUUCAAAGCCAGGAAGCACAGCAAGCGUCGAGUGAAAGAAAAGGAUGGAGACCUAAAGACUCAAGUUGAAAAGCUCUGGAGAGAAGUGAAUGCGCUGAAGGAGAUGCAGGCCCUGCAGACAGUCUGCCUCCGGGGCACGAAAGUUCACAAGAAGUGCCUCCUUGCUUCAGAAGGCUCGAAACACUUCCAUGAGGCCAAUGAAGACUGCAUUUCCAAGGGAGGGACUCUGGUUAUUCCCAGAAACUCGGAUGAAAUCAAUGCCCUUCGAGACUAUGGUAAAAGGAGCCUGCCGGGCAUCAAUGACUUUUGGCUGGGCAUCAAUGACUUGGUUACGGAAGGCAAGUUUGUUGAUGUCAAUGGAAUUGCCAUCUCCUUCCUCAACUGGGACCGAGCACAGCCUAAUGGUGGCAAGCGGGAAAACUGUGCCCUGUUCUCCCAGUCGGCUCAGGGCAAAUGGAGUGAUGAGGUCUGUCGUAGCAGCAAGAGGUACAUAUGUGAGUUUACCAUCCCUUAA